AUGCAAUUCGCUCAAUACUAUUCUAAUACUUACUGUGAAUAAACUGACUAAACUGCUUUUAUAUCCAAUGACUUUUCUUAAUAGUUUAAUAGUGUUCCUUAAAUAUUUGUUGGAAUUCUCUUCAUUGAUUUAGAUACAACUACUUUAAGAAAAGCCUUCAAUUUCACAGUAAAAAGUGUUAAUUAAAAUCAAAUAUCAAUUCAAUUAAAUAAAUAUGGAGGAACAUGCAUAUUUGGAAUCCAAUUAUCAUACUUUGCAACAGUAGAUCAAGAUGUUUAAAUAUAAAAUUAUAUUCUUACGUUUAAUUAGCUGUCUGAUAUUUAAACAUAAAACAAUAAGUAAUAUUAAUUUACAAUUCCUUAGAAAUUAAACUACUAAAGAGGAGUUUAAUGUGCAAUAACAGGAUUUGACUCAAUUUACUAAACUCCACCAAGCAUCGAUGCUACUUAUUCACAUCGAAACUUAUCUACUACAACAUAAGUUGAUUCAUCAAACAACUUUUACUAAAUUUAAAUACAAGCUCCAGAUUUAUCAUGUAAACAACAUAAUAAAUCACAUCAAAUUAUAAUUUUUAAAUAAAUCUUGAUUCGUCUUUUUCAGGAAAUACUAUAGCAUCAUAUUUAGGACUCUAAUAAUUUGACUUGUCUUAACAUGAAUCUUUAAGAUUAGAAUAUUAAAGCUUUAAUUUUUAAAUGUGUUCUCCUUGCAACCCAAUUUGUAAAACUUGCUCAAGUUUAAACGUAUGUACUUCUUGCUAAUCAAAUUAAUUUGUUGAUCCCUCUACUUAGUCCUGUAGCAACUGCGAUCCGAGCUGCCUAACUUGUUAAAAUUCUUCUACAUAAUGCUUAAGUUGUCCUUAAGGUUAGUUUCUUUACAAUUAAAAUUGUUAUUCAAUUCAACCAUAAGGCACUUAUUGCGAUCAAAAUAAAAUAUGCUAAGAUUGUUAAAGAUCUUACUAAUGCAAUUUAUGUGAUAAUACAUUAUAAAUUUGCAUUAGUUGUAUUGAUUAAAAUUUAUAUUUUUUAAAUGGAGUUUGUUCUAAUUAAUAGCCACCAAACACAUACUGCAAUUUAUAAAAGAUAUGCCAAAAAUGUCCAGACUCAUGUAAUGGAUGCGAUUUAAAUUUAAAUUGUACAUAGUGUGCAAAUCUAUAAAAUUACUUUUAUUUUGGAAAGUGUCUUUAGUAAUAACCACAAAAUACCUAUUGUAGUGUUAAUUUUGGUUUUUAAAAAUUUUGCUAAAACUGUCAUCCUGCUUGUAGUUAAUGUUUUGGAAAAUAAUUAGAUCAGUGUUCGGCUUGCUAGUAGGGAUAUUAAUUAGUUGGUUCUUCUUGUCUUUGUUAACAAGGAUAUGGUUAUAGUACUAUUUCUUAAUAAUGUGAAGCUUGCUAAAUUAGUGGAUGUAUUCAAUGUAAAUGCUACUGUUCAAGCCCUUAAUAAUAUUAUUCAACUGAAUUAUAGUCAUGCUUUUAAAAUAAUAUUCAUUUCUGUAAAGUCUCAUCCAAAUUUUAAAAUACUUGUGAAUAAUGUCAAGAUGGAUAUUACAAUUUUAAUAAAUUGCUUUGUAGUUAUUGUGGAAAAUCGAAAUAUACAGACUCCUAAAAUUAAUGUAAUAAGGACUGCUAACCUUAGUGUAUAAUAUGCUCAAAUAAAUCAACAUGCCUUCUCUAUUAAAAUGAAAUAGAUUCUAAUACUAAUGGAGAUUUGUCAAAUAAAUCAAAUUAAAAUAUUUGCCAUUAUAGUUGUGGUUUGUGCAACGGAAGUGGAUAAUCUAAUUGCCUAACUUGUAGCUCAUAAACAAGAGUUUAUGAUAUAUAGUAGUAAACAUGUAAUUGUAAAAGUGGUAGAUUUGAUAAAGGGGAUGCUGAAUGUUAGGCAGGUUUUGACUUUUAAUAAAACUAUCUUUGGAUAUUAUAAACUACCUUUGUAACGUUUUUAGUCACCUAAUCUUCCUUAGUGUUUUCCAGUUAAUUUAGGAAAGCAAAUUUGA